UAGAGUAGGUUUUUUUUGAGUUUUAAAUACAUAAAGAGAAUUUUUAUGCUCUGACACAGUGUGCAUUGAGGCCUGUUACACAGUAAUUUGAUUAUAAAAUAUACAAUUAUAAAAUAGCAGGUUACCAGCUGAAAAUGAUCAUACACGCUAACAAGUGACAACACUCUAGUUUCCUUUUAUGCAUAUGCCUUCUGAAAGCAGGUGAAAGCCAAAAAUAGAUCAUCACUGUGUGCUCAGAGUAUCUCAGUGCACAGUGAGGUUUGACAGCAUACAGCUACUGUAAACCAAUGGCAACCUGUGAUUUUACUGGAACUAUAUUUUUCAAGAGUAAUUAAUAAUGGACACUACAGACGAAGCAGAUGAGGAUGACCAGCUUCUCAAUUAUGCCAUCCAGCUGAGUAUUGAAGAGUCUUGGAGCAAUAAUUUUCCAGCAAGUGUGGAAAAUCAGAAAAUAUUUGAUGCCAUCAAAAUGGGUGACCUGUAUAUAUUGCACGAGAUGUCGGACUACCCGGCUGCAUUUACUGAGGUGGAUGCAAAAGGAUGGUACCCGCUCCACAGGGCAUCGGUACAACAGUCAGUACAAGUGCUGGAGAGAGUGAUAUAUGCAUCUUAUAGGCUGACCCUUGAGGAGGAAACAGCAGAUGGAGAGACCCCUUUGACUCUGGCUACUCAAGCAGGAUUGGUAGAGAUUGUGCAGACUUUGCUGGAUCAUGGAGCUUCUCCUCAUAAAACCAAUGGAAGAAAUGAAUCUCCUCUGUUACUGGCUGUAAGAACAGAUUCUUUUGAUAUAGCUCUAGCUCUUAUAAAUCGAGGUGCACAGGUGAACCAGGUCUGUCUGAAGAAGUGGACAGCAAUGCAUGAGGCGGCUAAAGUGGGCUACAUUGACAUCCUGAAACUUUUACUGAAGCACGGAGGCCAGAUCUCAGAGACAGAUCAGCACGGGGUCACCCCAAUGGGUAUUGCUGCAGAAUAUGCCCAGGCAGAAGUUCUAGAUAUCCUUAUUCACAAUGGUGGCGAUGUAAAUGCUCAGGCACCGAAUGGGGACACUGUUUUGUACGAUGCUGCUGGUGCUGGUAAUCCUGACUGUAUCAACCUUCUCCUCCAAAAUGGGGCCAAUCCCAACAUAGCCAGCCUCUCUGCACUACUCCCUAUUCAUCGAGCUGCUUACGAAGGGCACUUCCUGGCAUUGAGGAUGUUGAUCCCUGUUACUACAAGAAGGGCUCUGCGGCUUGCGGGUCAGAGUCCCAUUCACUCAGCAGCAGAUGGUGGCCAUGUACAGUGCCUCGAGCUUCUUCUGGAGAAUGGAUUUGAUGUCAAUUCCCUUCUAGACAAGCAUAUAUCUGAAAACUAUGGUGAUAUGAGGAAGAGCGCCCUUUAUUUCUGUGUUUCCAAUGGAGAUGUGACUUGCACUCAGCUGUUGCUCAAAGCUGGCGCUAAACCUGACCUGGAUCCUCUGAGCUGUCUCCUGGUGGCAGUGAGAGCUAGCAGAUAUGAGAUAGUCAAGCUGCUUCUGGCCAACGAAGCUGACGUGAACUACUACUUUACAGUGGUCAAUGAUACUCUGUUCCCCACUGCGCUACAGUACUGCCUUAAGGAUGAGAUGUUAAUGAGGAUGCUACUUAACAGUGGCUAUGAUGCAGAUAAAUGCUUCAUCUGCCACCAUGACUCAUCAUGGCCUGACCAGAGCCAUCGCUCAGACCAUUCGAGUGAAAAGAUCCCUUUUUGUGACUUCGUCAGUGUCUCCUGGCUGGUGCGGUAUGCAGGAAGAGCUGUGCGGGUUCUUCUGGACUACGUCGCCUACGUCCCAAUCUGUUCAAAACUGAAAAUGGUUCUGCAGAAGCACAAAGAAUGGCCAGACAUUUGUGACAUAUUAGGAAACCCCCGGUCUCUAAAGCACAUGUGCAGGCUGUUGAUCAGAAGAAAGAUGACUCCAAGAAGACUGGGGGACCCAAGCAUUAUCAACUCUGCUCCAUUCCCACCUUUACUUAAGAAGUACUUGAUGUAUAGAGAGUUUGACCUGUAUGACAAAUUUUGCACAGAUUAAUGAUCAUAUUCAAUCAAGGAAUAAAAAAACAGCAAACAAUACAAAUACUGUGAAGAUGUUCUAACAAAGGAAGCUUACUUUUCAAGUAUACUGUACAAUACAUACCUGUUAAGUAAAAAGAGAGAGAGAGAGAGAGAGAGAGAGAGAGAGAGAGAGAGAGAGAGAGAGAGAGAGAGAAAGA